AUGCUUGACCUGGACUCCUGGCCUCACACUCCUCACGGUGUCCUGCUGCUGACCCUACUGCUGGGACUUCCAGGAACAGCUACACGGGACCUGAAGGUGAUUCAGCCUGAGAAAUCAGUUUCUGUCCUUGCUGGAGAGUCAGCCACUCUGAACUGCACUGUGACCUCUCAGCUACCUGUGGGGCCCAUUAUGUGGUUCAGGGGCACAGGACAGAGUCGGAAACUAAUAUAUAACUUCAAAGGAGAGAAGUUUCCCAGAGUCACAAAUAUUACAGAUUUCACAAAGAGAAACAACCUGGACUUUUCCAUCCGCAUCAGUAAUGUCACAAUUGAUGAUGCUGGUACCUACUACUGUGUGAAGUUCCAGAAAGCAGACUCUGACAGAGAGUUUAUGUCUGGGGGAGGCACAGUGCUGUAUGUCCUUGAACUGAAGACAUCAGAUACUGCUGAAAUCCUUGUAGCUGUGCUUCUUGUACCCAAAAUGCUACUGGUAAUUGGUGCCUCUGCGAUCUACAUGUACAAGAAGCAGAAGGCCUGA